AACCGUCUUCAUUUUUAUCUCCCCAUCGAGAAAUAUGGAGGUAGUGUGCUCUCGCGUAUCAUUCUUCCAUGAGAGGAGCUAUACGAGAAUUGUGAGUGGAGUUGUGCCGAGGUUUGUUUGCUCUACUUGUGUAGCUGUGGUGCAGCACAACCAUCGGAAUACUUCCAGAGACAACUCUGCCACUACAUCUUCGACUACUAGAACCAGAACAAGAACAGGUCGUCCACACACUUCAACUACUGGAGGCAAUGCUGGGAAGCUGAAUUUGGAUAUAUCACCUCACAGAGCUGUGUCUGCUGUGAGAUUGAUGCGGAUUGAGCUUGGUGGUGCAUUUGCUGACCUGUUGAAUGAGCAAGGCAAGGGUUCAGGGGAUAAUGAGAUGGGAUAUGUUGAGAGAACUCUUGGUUUCCGCACCCGUGAUCUAGAAGAUAGAGAUCUUCGGCUGGUUACAGAAAUUGUUGGGGGUACCACCCGUUGGAAAAGAUACCUUGAUCAUUUGAUUCUUUCACUUUGUCAUGAUCAAAACGCCAUCAAAAAUAUGGAACCUCUUCUACUUCAGAUUCUUCGAAUUGGUUUCUAUGAGAUCCUAAAGCUUGAAAUGCCUCCAUAUGCAGUUGUUGAUGAGAAUGUGAAGCUUGCAAAAGCUGCACUGAGAGUUGGUGCUGGUAAUAUGGUUAAUGCACUAUUAAGGAAGCUACUGAUGCUUAAGGAGAAAAGCUUGCUCCCUGAACCAAAAGUAGACGGUGAUGACAGGCAGCGAGCACGUGCUUUGGCCACAAUUCAUUCUCAUCCUGUUUGGAUGGUGAGACGAUGGAUCAAUCAACUUGGUCUUGAUGAAGCAGUCAAGUUUAUGACAUGGAAUAAUUCUGACCCUGGUUUCAGCAUCAGAGCGAACACAGCUAAAGGCUUCACAAGGGCGGAUCUCGUUGGAGAACUUGAAAAGUUGGAGGUUCCAUAUGAACUUUCUCAGCACUUGGAGGAUUUCGUCCGCAUCAGAACAGGCAUGCAGAUCAUCAUACAAGCUGGAUUACUGAAAAAGGGUUUCUGUUCAGUCCAGGAUGAGAGUGCAGGAUUGGUGGUUAGAGUUGUGGAUCCAAAACCUGGUGAUAGCAUUAUCGACUGUUGUGCAGCUCCGGGUGGAAAGACUCUUUUCAUGGCUUCGUGUCUGAAUGGCCAAGGUAGCAUAAGCGCAGUUGAUGUAAACAAAGGCCGAUUGAGAAUCCUCAAAGAGACUGCCAAGUUGCACGAAUGUGAUCAAGUUAUCACUACCAUCCAUGCUGAUCUUCGUGCACUUGAUGCUAAUAUCCUGAAAGGUGAUAAAGUUCUGCUGGAUGCUCCUUGUUCUGGAUUGGGUGUACUAUCUAAGAGAGCAGAUUUGCGCUGGAAUAGGAAACUGGAAGACAUGGAAGAACUUAUAAAUUUGCAAGACACCCUUCUUGAUUCAGCUUCUAAUUUGGUAAAGCCUGGUGGAGUACUAAUAUACAGCACCUGUUCAGUCGAUCCUGAUGAGAACGAAGAAAGAAUUGCUGCUUUUCUUCUGAGACAUCCGGAAUUUUCUGUAGAUUCGGUAGACAAAUACGUGUCCCCCCCGUUUGUCAGUGAAGGUGGAUUCUACAGCUCCAGCCCUGUCAAACACUCGCUCGAUGGAGCCUUUGCAGCUCGUCUUAUAAGAUCUACCUGACUUACCAUUUUACACAAUUAUUCGAGCACAAGUCAUCCCGCAAUGUAAUUGCUCUUGGAGUAAAUUUAAAAGCUCAAGAUCUGAUGUGUCCUUGCUAAGCAAAUUUAGCUUAGAGAAAUCGGAAAGGGGUUGGAAGAGAACGCACCAAACUGCCUACUUGCGGAGAAAGGAAGAGCUUAAACGGUAAAUCUAAACUCCUUCGGGCAUGAUUAUUCGACAUGACAGUGGAAGGCUUUGGAGUGCAGAAGAUGGUAAAAAUUGGAUCUUUGAGCCUUGGCUCAAAUAUACAGACAGUAAUCAAUUUUGAAUUUAAUAUUCAGUGUUGGAUACACAUUUUCCAGCUUGUAUUCCAUGUCCAGUCAAUAAAAGUGUAUCAUAUUUUACAGCA